AUCAUGCCCUCACGCUCAUGGACCGAUCAAUCCAAGAGCCCUGUCUCGGAAUUGAAACUCUGCAAGGUAGGGGAGCGUACAAGGUCAUGUGGCAUAGAUGGUGCUGUGAUUUUGACCUUCACUAUCAAGAGUGACUGCUGUUGGACAUUGAAUGUACAUGGGAAGUGUGUUACUCCUUCAAACUGUUCAGCAAUUAAGCACUUUUCUCAGUCCGUGACCGUUGAUAAUGUUAACGAAAUGUUGUGCUGCCUGGACAAGCUGAAAGUGUGCCCAGCUCAUCCUGAGGAACGCUUUGUACGAAUGGCUAAAGAUAAGAAAGGAUUCAGAGAUGGUAAGGUAUCAGCAGUACUUGAUGAUAGCGCUGAUGUAAAUCUCAACGGGGAAAAGCAUUGUUGUACUGUACGCACAAAAUCAUGUGAAAUGUUGGUACCGAGUGGAAAAUGUUCAAGAUGUGUCUCGUAUCGUGCUUCUCUCCGAACAAUGUAUUCUCAUUGGGAAAAGUCUGUUCUGUCAAGCCCAACUAAACACACAACUAGUAGCAGUCGCACCAACGUUAGAUAUUUAUCAACACCACUAGGAAGAAAACGUUACCAUUCACUGCGAGCUCGAAUUACUUCCACAGAGCGCAAACUUGAGAGACUAGUACAUAAAAUAGAGGCUUCCAACAAAAGUAAAGGAGUUGUGGUUGAUGAUGACCUACACCAAGAUCUGUCAACAAUUGUUGAAGAACAAACUCCUUCAAUACACAAACUGUAUCCCGAAGGAUCAUACAAGCGUUUGUUUUGGGAGCAGCAGAGAGAAUUAGUUUUAAAACAAAAUUCAAAACAAAUGCGGUGGCACCCAACAUUCAUAAAAUGGUGCUUGAAUAUCAAACUUCAUUCCUCUGCUGCUUAUGAAGCCAUUCGUGACUCCGGAUUUAUAUCUCUACCUUCUAAUCGAACCCUGAGGGAUUACACACACCACAUUAAGAGUUCAACUGGAUUCUUGCCUGAAGUCACUGAGCAACUCAUCAACAGAGAAAUUAAAGUAGAUUCGCUCAAACUGUACGAGAAACAUGUGUCCUUGUGUUGGGAUGAAAUGCGUAUUAAAGAAAACCUUGUGUACGAUAAACAUGGCGUUUGA